GAGAAAGAGGGUGUAACAGAACGAAUAAAACAGAAAGAUCAGAGUAGAGUACACUAAUGUCAUGACGAACGACAGAAAUUUAGCUCAGUAUUUGAUGAAGUAGGAUUUAAACUAUAGUGAUCUGGAAAAAGCUGGACUGAGACAAUGGCAAUGUCACGAAAAGUCAUCAUCUACUUAAUAACAGCUAGUGUGAGUUUACUGUCUGUGUCAGGAAACAAAGGAGGACCUGUCAACAUUACCUGUGACAACACGCCAGAGAGCCAGACGGCACAUCACGGAGGCUCUGUUACCAUCAGCUGCAAGUAUCCAAGAGCAGAAGAAAGCUACAUCAGACACUUCUGCAGAGAAGAUGAAAACUUUCAUUGCACAAAUCUGAUAUCAACUUACACUUCAAAUUACACAAAAAAAGGCCGGUUUUCUCUGACAGACAACAAACAGCAAGGAGUCUACACUGUGACCAUUUCCACACUGACCCUGGAAGAUGCUGGAAGAUACCAGUGUACUAUGGAAAGAUCUAACAGCAGGUCAUGUUUAACUCAGAUCCACCUGCAGGUUUUGAACUGGGAUGACAUUAAACCAAUGGCAAAAACUUGUCACAUCGGGGACUCUGUAAACAUGGAUUGUCACUAUCCAGAAACCCAUGAGAACAAUGAGAAAUUCCUGUGCAAGGGGAAGAAUCCUUUCAACUGUGAGGAGCUAAUACAUACAAUAGAAAACGAGAGACAUGUGGAUAAAGGCAGGUUUGUUAUAAGGGAUAACAGGAGACUUAAGCACUUCUUUGUGUACAUCAAAAAUGUGAGCAUAGCCGACUCUGGAACAUACUGGUGUGGCUCUGACAGGACAUGGCAGCAUGAUAAAUACAUCAAAAUUGACCUCUCCUUAGUGUGUUGUGCUGCAUGGGGAUCGUCAGAGGACAGGACAAACGUUAAUCAUAACACAGAGGGAGAUAAUGCAAAUCACCACUAUGAGGAGAUACAGACGCAGAACCAGCAGGCAAGCUCAGGAGACGUGCUGCCGUCCAUUUGUGCCACAAUCAACCCUCCCGCAGACCAGCUCAAUUAUGCCAGCGUCAGUUUCCAGAAGGACUCCGUCAGUGUCUCGACAGACGGGAAUGCACUUCCUGACACAAAUAAAAAUGGCCCCACGGCCUGCGACUACUCCUCUGUCAGUUGGCCUCAGGGUGCCACCCAUCCUCCAGUAGCAGAGCAGACUCUCUAUUCUACAGUCACAAAGCCUGGGAACCAAUAGUCUUUCACCUGUUGAUGUUCACUGUGCAGUUUGAGGGGAACACGCUGUGAAGGAUUUGCAUUUACUGUCCAGUACUGUCCAUUCACCCAGAAUACAGAAGAAGUUAUUCUGCAACAUUUUUGAGUAAUGGACCCUAUAAUUUGGUAACAUGAUAGUUAGAGUUAGCAAGUAGCAUCAUCUAGUAUGGCUGUGUAGCUAAUAAUGUGACAUAUAUAUGUGAAUAUUAAUGUAAAUGUGCUCUGAAUAUGAUGCUUAAAAUCUUGUUUGAGAAUACUGUUGUCUCUGGCUUGGGUCUGUAUAAACUCAUUUGCUACAUAUCAGUUUGGUUGGAUGACGCUCUACUGUACUUAACAAAAAAAUAGUAAGUAUUGGUAAGGCAGAAAUUAUACGUUCCCUGUAAAAACUGUGAUACAGCACUUAAACAUGGAGAGCAUGUUAAGUUGAAACAAUGUGAUUCAUGAAGGAACAAUAGGCAAACAAGAGUGCUCUGAUGCUUGCAAGGCUGUUAAGAUUCAGGUUUGGAAGAACGAGAUGUACAUGAUAGGCUGGUUUAUUAAUAACUGAUCUUUAUCUAAUAGAUUAACUAAUAAAAGGUAGUGAUCCAGGCAAUAAUUUAAUACCUCAUACUAACUGCAGGAUCAGACGAGCAAAUGAGAAUACGCUGAGUCUAUCUUACAUUUCACAAGCACUCAAACACAAUUCAUUUAAUUAAAUUCUGUUAUUUUAAGACUAA